AUGUCGAGCGUCGACUCCACCUCAGUCAUCUCGUCGGCCUCAUCUUCCAUGGCGUCUUCGUCGGCUCAGUCGAGCGUUACCUGGCCGCCUCAACACAAGCGCACGACGUCAGCCGCCCACAACGUCGCUAUGCGAGCCAUCAUCAAGCCCUGGGGAGGCUUGUCGUACACCCCUCCAGGUUGUCAAGCCGUGAGUUAUUCUAGCUGGACUAGAUUCUCCGCCUCCGGGACUGGCAGCAAAUCGAGCGAGGACCUCAAGGCUUCCGUGCUGUGGGCCGCGCAGGGCACCACCCCAGACUACGACCCGCCACUACUGGAGCGCACCUACCUUGGAGUCGAUCAGCCACUGGUAUGCGGGAAGCCCAACCGGGAUCGGGACGAAGAACGUAGGUUCCAUCGGCGAAACCAAGCCUCGACGAGCUCCUGGUCAACGGCUUCCUCGGAGUACGGUUCUCAAGCGGCGUCCGAGCCCAUCAUCUUCAGGAAAGAGGCGGUGAAGGGAAGCACGACUAGCUCCUUACUGACGUCGUCCUUCAAAUCGACACCCCCUCCAGUCCGCAUCCCGGAGCAGCCAAAGGUGACGAUGGAAAUGGCGAAAGAGCACGGUCUAGACGAACUGAGCACGUCACAACUACCUUCAGCCACGGAUUCCGACGACGAGGAGGAGGAUGACGGUCAGGCUCAGCUACAAGCCAUGCAAGCCAGGAGACGGAAGAAAUACGGAAUGGCUUGGGGAGCUUGAAGGGGGCGUGACAGGCGAGGAGUUUGCACAUGCGACUGGAGAUAUAUGACUGGAGAAGGAAAUGGAAUCGCACGAUUGGGAUACAGGGCUGGACGGCUUGAUGCCGACAGGGACGGUGGCCCUCUAGGAUAUGUCCAGAUACGCCGAUUUCAAUUCAGGAUGUCACUUGGAACUACUCGAGUUUGCACAUGAAGAAGGAGCGUGAAGCCUUUCAGCGACGUACAUGCUGGCACAAGAAUGGGACCAGAAUGAGG